AUGAGCGAGUGGGAUCGAUUAGCUGAGAAACUACGACAUCCUGACAAUCCAGUGGUCUUCUUUCAAAUGACUGCUGGUGGAGGACCUAUUGGGACCAUUAAAAUGGAGCUUUUCGCGGAUGUGGUACCGAAAACUGCUGAGAAUUUUAGACAAUUGUGCACUGGAGAGAUGAAACGAGACCAAGUACCUGUUGGAUACAAAAAUGCACAGUUUCAUCGAAUUGUAAAGGAUUUCAUGAUACAGGGAGGAGAUUUUGUUAACGUAAGUGUUUCUUUUGGUUUUUUGUUGAAGUUUAGGUGAUAAUACAUUAAAUAGUUCUUAAUGAUGUUUUCUUUUAUAGAAAACAAGCUUAGCUAUUGUUUUUCUAGUUUUAAUACUGGUUUUACUGAAUAUUUUUGUUUAAAAGCUUACAUUGGUUCUUUUUCAGGGAGACGGCACAGGAAUGACGAGUAUAUAUGGUCCUAAAUUUGCAGACGAAAACUUCGAAUUAAAUCACGACGAGCCGGGCAUGUUAUCAAUGGCGAAUGCAGGACCAGACACAAAUGGAUGUCAGUUCUUCAUAACCUGCGCUCCUUGUCCUUUUUUGGACGGUAAACACGUCGUAUUCGGCAGAGUAUUGGACGGUCUACUUACAGUUAGGAAGAUUGAAAAUGUACCAACUGGGCAGAAUGGAAAACCCAAGAUUCCUGUACUUAUCGAGCAAUGCGGAGAGCUAUAA